AUGGUCAAGACACUCGUCGGCGCCCUCGCUCUGGCAGCGCUGCCCUCGGCCCUCGCCUUCCGCAACACAUCGCCCUUCUUCCUCUUCUCCACCGCCGACCUGCUAAUCCCCAACAACGACGCCGCCAUCGCCGAGUCAUCAGACAUCACGGCCGACGUCCUCAAGGCCCUCCAACACUGUCCCACCAGGUCCUACGUCGUCGUUGAGCAAAGGGGAGUCUCCGCCGCCGACUAUGCAGACGGCCGCGCCGCGCCACAGCUGAGCCGCUACAUGGCUGGCCACCACCAACAAGUCAAGUCGACUGUCGCCAUCCCAGAUGUUGUCGGAAACGUUGAUGCCGCAGCCAUCACCCAACAUCUCGUCUCCAAGUGCGGACGGGGCUUCAAUGACGACGAUACAUGGUUCGCCAGGCAGACUCUGAAAGCACCAUCGACUUCACACGCGCUUCGCAUCGAGCAGCUUCAGUCUGAUGAUGCCACGCUCGAGAACUUCAUCGUCAACGACGCCAAGUCCCACGACUACACCGUAAUCUAUAUCACCACUCCUCAGACCGAGGCGCAAGCCAAGGAGACGCUCGAGCACUACGCAUACGAGAUGGACGCAUCCUUCCCAGAGUCUGUGCAGAUGGAGCUGAAGCGCGAUCUUUCUUCGCAUGCCAAGAGGGCAAACUCGACUGAAGGUGGUCUUUUCGAAAAGUAUCAGUACUUCACACCCGGACUCUUCAUGGGCUUCGCUGCCAUCAUCCCCUUGUUUCUCAUCCUUCUGGUCGGCAUCCGAGCCCUUACCAGUCUCGAGGUUUCAUACUUUGCCUUUAGCAAGGAGAUGGGUCCCAACGCGCAGAAGAAGCAGUAG